AUGGUUGAGGAGGUCAUGAUCGACGACAUGGAGGCACGAGGUGUGUUCGUCACUCGUAAUAGUAAGUUCGUGUCUUGUUCGCGUGUGGAUGGAACGACCCAAUUGGAUAUUGUUUAUGAGGAUGUUGCUACAAGUACUUCUCACAAGAUCAGAGCGGACUACCUGGUUGGAUGCGAUGGAUCUCGAUCUAAAGUCAGAUCAUUUAUUCCGGAUGCUGAGCUUGACGGAGAAUUAACAAAUGAAGCUUGGGGAGUGCUAGAUGAUAUGUCUCUCCGAAGAACAUUGCCUAACCCAACAAGCGUCAUCGAUACGGACUUUCCUGAUCUAUGGAGCAAAGUCGCUCUGCGAUCUCAUUUCGCUGGAACGACCUUAUGUAUUCCACGCGAGAGAGGUAUGACGCGAUUAUAUGUCGAGUUGAGUUCCACCGAUGAGGAGCGAGUGGAAAAAUCAAAAGCCACAACAGAACACGUCAUGGGCCGUGCCAAGGAAGCAAUGCAUCCAUUCAGCCUAGAGUGGAAGACAGUGGAGUGGUUCGUAACAUACGUUGUGGGUCAACGGGUUGCGAAACGAUUCAUGGAUUCAGAGGUAAAGAUAUCCAUUACAGGUGAUGUAUGUCAAACUCGAUUUAAAACUCGCCUUAUCCCUGAGCUAACCUAUACACAAGCGGGUCACUAUCAUUCAGCUCUUGCAGCCCAAGGUGCGAAUACAAGUAUGCAUGAUAGCUUCAACCUCGCAUGGAAGCUCAACCUCGUAGCCCGAGGACUUGCCAGCCCAUAUUUACUCCACACCUACGAAGCAGAAAGACAAAAGAUAGCAUACGACCUUACCAAGUUCGAUUUCGAGCACUGCAAAGCAUUCGCGGCAGGCGAUGCAGAAUUGGCCAAGAACUUCGACGACCACAUUCGAUUUACAUCCGGUGUUGGAGCCGAAUAUGCUCCAGGGAUGUUGACACAACCUCCAACAAUUACAUCUCCUCUCAAGCCUGGAAUGCUCCAACUCCCAGCCAAAGUCACUCGCUAUAUUGAUGCUAACCCAAUUGAUAUUCAGCUGGAUAUUCCGCUAUUGGGUCAAUUCAAGAUCUAUAUUUUCGUACCGGAUCUUUGCCGCUCACGGGCAUCGCUGAAGUAUAUCUGUCAAGGAAUGCAAUCUAUUCUUGCUAGUGUCAGUGUGCGAGCAGACCAGUCAUAUGAGAAACAUCCGAAGGGGCAUUCUCCGUCAGAUGAAUUCGUUCAGGCUCAACGCUACAUUGCUGUCUUCAACGCUUGUACUUUUGCGAUGGUCACGCAGUCCACUCAGUCUGAGUUUGAAUUUGUCGAUCUACCGGAGAUACUCCAGACUAGUCGGUGGACCUUGUAUGUCGACAAUAUUGGAGGGCCGAGUUGUACUAACAAGUGGUUUGGGGGUUUGAAUGGGGAGAGCAUUGGGAUAGCUGUUCUGAGGCCUGAUGGAUAUGUUGGAGCUAUUGACACUUGGAACCCCAAACAAGUCGGUGCGAUAGGGCAGUGGGUGCAGGAUUAUCUCUCUUUUAUGGUGUAG